GCCGCUGGCUGGCAGCGGCCGGGCGGGUCGGUGCUGGGCUGUACGCACUUUGCGUAGCGAGAGGGGUUUCCAAGGGCUUAGUACUUGGCCUAGAGUAAGCCGGACCUAUCCCCUGUAGGGGGUAGGUGAGGGGCGAGGCUGGAAGGAGAGAAAGGAAACUGGGGAGAUUGAGGGGAUUAUAAUUUAUUUUAAAAGAGGGGCGGGAGAGGCCAUGGCCGUCCCAGCCAAGAAGAGGAAGAUGAACUUCUCUGAGCGGGAGGUGGAGAUCAUCGUGGAGGAGCUGGAGCUGAAGAAGCACCUGCUGGUGAACCACUUCGACGCCGGGGUCCCUCUGGCCGCCAAGAGCGCGGCCGGGCACGGCAUCCUGAGAAGGGUCAACGCCGUGGCCACCUGCCGCAGGGAGCUGCCAGAGGUCAAGAAGAAGUGGUCCGACCUCAAGAGCGAGGUCCGUCGCAAGGUGGCCCAGGUCCGGGCCGCCGUGGAUGGAGCUGGCGGGCCUGGGACAGGCGGUGGCGGUGGCGGCAGUGGCCCAGCAGUAGCCCCUGUACUGCUGACCCCCAUGCAACAACGCAUCUGCAACCUCUUAGGCAAGUCACCCCACAUUUCUGUUUCCUCAUCUCUGAAAAUUAGUACAAAGUGUCUGGCCUUGUUGCCCCGUGGCCUUGGGGCUCAGGUGACCUGUUGGCUUUUUCCAGAGACCACUUAUCACAUGCUGGAGGAGGGCGUGGUGGACUACUGCACAGCCGAGGCACCCCCGCCUCUGCCGGCCGAGGCCCCCGUGGAGAUGAUGGCCCAGCAUACGGAUACCUCCGUCAAGCCGCAGGCACUCAAGAGCCGCAUCGCCCUCAACUCCACCAAGUUGAUCCAGGAGCAGUGGGAAUCCAACCUGCAUGUGAAGGAGAUUGCCCAGCACCUGGAGCAGCAGAACAACCUGCUGCAGAUGAUCUGCCGCUCACAGGAGGUGCAGGCCUGUGCCCAGGAGCCUCAGGCACAGGCCAUGGAGGGCACCCAGGCCGCCCUGAGUGUCCUCAUUCAGGUGCUCCGGCCCGUGAUCAAGGAUUUCCGCUGCUAUCUGCAGAGCCACACGCCCAGUCCUGCCCCUGCUUCCGAGCCUGGACAGGUGACUCAGAACGGGCAGCCAGACAGCAUCAUCCAGUGA